UUGAACCAGAUAUUCGUCCUCUGGUUCAAGAACAAGCAAGAUGUCGACCGACAAUGACACAUACCAGAAUCCCCUCAACUCGAGGUACUGCUCGCCGGAGAUGAAGUACAUCUUCUCUCCGCGCAACCGCUUCAGCACCUGGCGACAGCUAUGGGUGCACCUCGCCGAGUCGGAGCGCGAGCUUGGUCUCGACAUCUCAGAGACCGCUAUCAAGCAAUUGAAAGAUCACGUUCGCAUCGAGGACGAGGAGUUUGCUACGGCCGCUGUGGAGGAGAAGCGGAGGCGCCACGAUGUCAUGGCUCAUGUUCAUACUUAUGGUAUUGCCGCGCCUGAAGCUGCUGGUAUCAUUCAUUGGGGAGCGACGUCUUGCUAUGUGACAGACAAUGCCGAUCUGAUCUUCCUCCGCGAUGCACUAGACGUCGUCCUUCCCAAGCUUGCAGCAGUGAUCCAGCGCUUGGCUGCAUUCGCCGUGGAAUACCGUGAUCUUCCUUGCCUAGGCUACACCCACGGACAAGCAGCUCAACUCGUCACUGUCGGCAAGCGUGCCAGUCUGUGGAUCACCGACCUGCUCCGCAACCUGCGCAACCUCGAAGUUCAGAGAGAAGAGAUUGUGCACUCUUUCCGUGGCGUCAAGGGAACCACUGGAACCCAGGCCAGCUUUCUGGCAAUCUUCAAGGGCGACCACGCUGCAGUGGAGAAGCUCGACGAGCUCGUGACCGCCAAGUCUGGCUUCAAGGAGGCCGAUAUCUCGACCAGUCAGACCUACUCACGUCUCAUCGACGUCGACGUCCUCCACGCGCUGAGUUCUUUCGGCUGUGCUUGCGAGCGCAUCGGUGGCGACAUCAGACAUUUGGCCAUGUUCAAGGAGCUCGAGGAGCCCUUUGAGGCUGACCAGAUCGGAUCCAGUGCCAUGGCUUACAAGCGCAACCCGAUGAGAUCUGAGAGAUUGUGCUCGCUGGGUCGCAAGCUUCGCAACUACAGUGCUGAUGCUGAGCAGACUUAUGCUUCGCAAUGGUUGGAGCGUAGUCUCGAUGACUCGGCUAUUCGCCGGAUCUCCCUGCCUGAGUCGUUCCUCUGCGCCGAUGCGUGCCUCAUUCUGCUCAACAACAUCUCAAACGGUCUCGUCGUCAACAAGGCUGUCAUUCAACAGCGUAUUGACCAGGAACUGCCGUUCAUGGCGACCGAAAACGUUAUCAUGGCCAUGGUCGAGCGUGGCGCCUCUCGUCAAGAGGUUCACGAGGAGAUUCGAGUGCUAUCCCACCAAGCCGGCGCUGUCGUCAAGCAGGAGGGCAAGCCCAACGAUCUCAUCGAGCGCAUUCGCAACAACAAGUACUUCGAUAGCAUCAUCCCUGAGCUGGACGCGCUUCUGGACCCGGCCACGUUCAUCGGACGUUCCCCUGAGAUAGUCACGAAGCUUGUCGAGACCAAGGUCAAGCCUGCGAUGGAGAAGUAUGCGGACGCUUUGAAGUCCGCUAAAGUGGCGGAGUUGAAUGUCUGAUCUUGCGAUUUAGAGCCAUCACCUCGUUCUGUAGACCUUUAGAGUAGACCCCAAAACUGGUAUAUACG